UCCAUUUCUGUUCUGGAGCUCAAACGAGUUCUCAUUUCGGCUCAACUCAUUCGCAUAGCAAUCGACAUGGCACCCGAUGGACAGACGCUCAAUGCUUCCUACACCAAGAACAACUUGGCGGGUCGACAACGGCCUCGUCGGAUCUCGAUGGAGGGACUUCAGAGAGCAAUAUCCGACCUCUCCUUCCAGCUUGGAAAAGAGGAGGUGGAGACGACGACACUGCCACCCAUCUCCGAGGUGGAGGACGCUAAGUGCGAGUGCUGCGGCAUGUCCGAGGAGUGCACGCUGGAGUACAUCCGCCGUGUGCGUGAGAAGUUCUCCGGGAAAUGGGUAUGCGGCCUGUGCUCGGAGGCGGUGAAGGAGGAGAUGGUGAAGAACGGUGGGAAGCGGCAGAGAGCUCUCGAGGCACACACAAGCGUGUGUGUCAGGUUCAACAGGAUCGGGCGGACGCACCCGGUUCUCUUCCAGGCUGACGCGAUGAGGGAGAUCCUGAGGAAGUCCUCGAGAGGUCGAAGGGCGCAGUCAAACAGGGAGAUGGUCAGGAUAGGGAGCAUCACAAGGAGCUCAAGCUGCAUUCCUGACAUUGCCAAGGAGAUCAACAAGUGCAGAGCACUCAAAUGAAGAGUCCAUGUUGCUUCACACUCUUCUUCUGGCUGAUUCGGGUUCCUAACUUGAAGGGUUUUUUUUUUUUGUUGGGUGUCACACUUUCUCUGAUCUCAGAACAAUUCUUAUUGUUUGAGGACGUGGAGAUCUCUCCUAAUUGUAACCCUUGAAUCAUGGUUGACUUUUUUCCUUGUUUGGUUCCAUGAAGAAUGUCUUCUACAGAUGAUCUUGGACUGUA